ACGACCCUUUCAUUACACCCAAAAAAAAAAAAAAAAAAAAAAAACACAACAAGAAGAAGAAGAAGAAAAAAGAGGAAAAACUCUUUGUAUCAAUCUCCUUCACUUUGUCUCAAUACUUUCAAUUGCCAAUUGUCAAAGCAAGGCAAUGGAACCUUCCUUUGUCUCAAUGGAAGACUUUAAGUUGCCAAAAGUCAACUUCAGCAAAAAUCGUAUCAUAUUCAUACCGCGUAAAAGGUACUCUGUUUUUCAUUGACCAGUAGAACCAUGAAUAAUUAAGAGAUGAAUCAUAUCACCGCUGAUUAACUAAUUCCAAGUUCUUUCUAACAGUUAGCAUCUCAGAACCGAGAAGCUAAUCACACCCAAGAAAUUUCUUUUUUGUUAUCGAUACUGAAGGGAAGGGAAAAUAAAAAAUCAGUAUAGGAAUGGCGGAUCAAGUUCUAAGUGUUCUGUUAUUCGUAUCAGAUCGGAUGUUAAACUUUCUGAGUGAAGAAGGAAGACCCUUUGGUGGGCUUCGACAAGAGAUCCAACUGAUCAGUUAUGAAUUCGGUCAUAUGAAAGCUUUCCUGCAGAAAGUAGCCGAAUCCAAACACGAUUAUGAUGAUUCCCAGUUGAGAGAAUGGAUCAGACAAGUGCGGGAUUCUGCUUAUGACACCGAAGACGUUAUCGAUGAAUUCAUGAUUCUCUUCGCUGCUCCCCAGCGCCUACUUGGAUUCCGUGGCUCUGUUCUUCGGAAUAUCAACUCCAUAACAAAUUUCCGGGGUCGUCAUCAACUUGCUAACAAAUUGCAAAGCCUCAGGGGUCGAAUUAAAAACAUUUCUGAAGCUCGUCUUAGGUAUGAAUCUCAUUAUGAGAGAAUUAUACCUCAAAUCCCCAGGCGUGCAUGGAGGGAUAGUAAAGAUGAUGAUGCACUUCUCGCAGGAGAAGCCCAAUUGGUAGGAAUCGAUGAAUCCAAGAAACACCUCAUUUCUGAGGUUCUUGAAGGUGGUUCUCAAUUAAAAGUUAUUGCGGUGCUUGGAAUGGGUGGAUUAGGGAAAACCACACUAGUAAAACAGGUCCAUGAUGAUGCAACAGUGAAAAACAAUUUCCAGAUCCGGGCUUGGAUGACAGUUUCUCAGACUUGCGAUCUCGAGAAGCUCCUCAAAAGCUUGAUCCGCCAAUUGUACAGUGCUUUCAAUGAACCAGUCAUGCCAGGGAUGGACUCAAUGGGUAUCUAUGAGUUGAAAGUGGUUAUAAGAGUUUUCCUCCAACGAGCAAGGUAUGAAAUUGUGUUUGAUGAUAUGUGGGACAGAGAAUUCUGGGAUGCACUUAAGUUUGUGCUUCCAGAAAAUAGAUUUGGUGGCAAUUGUGUCAUACUGACGACUCGAAUUUCUGAAGUAGCGUUUGCUGCUUGCAAUGUAGGUAAAGGAUACGUUUACAGAAUGAAGCACUUGACAUUUGAAGACUCAUGGAGUCUGUUCUGCCGUGAAACAUUCAAACAAAACCUCUGUCCUUCUCAUUUAGAGAAUGUUGCAGAAGCUAUAGUGGGCAAGUGUGAAGGCUUGCCGCUGGCAAUUGUUGCGAUUAGUGGGCUUUUGGCUACAAAAGAUUGUAGUAGGAUAGAGGAAUGGGAGCGGGUUCGAAACAAGCUCCGGGAUGAUGAACUCGAGGGCACCGGAAGGUUGGAGAGAGCUAAGAAGAUACUUCGUUUGAGUUAUGAUGAUUUACCUCCAACUCUGAAGACUUGUCUGCUGUACACUAGCAUCUACCCUGAAGAUCACGAAAUACUAUGUUCCCGUCUGAUCCGAUUGUGGGUUGCCGAAAGAUUUGUGGAAGCGAGAUCAGGACUGGCUGCCGAGGAAGUUGCUUGGGAUUAUGUCCAAGAACUUGCUAACAGGAGCUUAAUACAGAUGACAACGUCAUCUGCCAUGGUGGUACGGCGUCUAGUAUUCCACAACAGUCCCAUUGAUGACACCAUAUCAGAAAGGCAUCAUCACUUUAGCAAUCUUCGAUCUUUAAUCGCCUUAGGAUGCAAAGAACCACCAUCCAAUGCCUUGCUUACUGAGCUAAUCAUGUCCAAUAAGUUCUUAAAGGUACUUAAUUUGCACGGUGUUCCUAUGGAAGAAAUCCCGAAAUCCAUUUUUGACUUAUUUCACCUGAAUCAUUUAAGCCUCGCUUACACAAAAAUCAAAAUAGUCCCACAGUCCAUAAAGAAGUUAAGAAAUCUGGAGUGUUUGGAUCUCAAGAACACCAAUGUGAAGACAUUACCGAUGGAAAUUCUGAAGCUACAGAAGCUGCAUCAUCUUUUUGUGAUUCAACAUGUUGAUUUCUCCAAUAGAGAUCUAGGAUGUUAUGGAUUUAUUCCUCCAAGUAACAUGGGAAAGCUUACUGAGCUACAAACACUAGAAAGAGUAGAUGCAUCCGAGAAUGAUAAGACAAGAAUAUUGAGUGAGAUUGGAAAGCUGGUUCGAUUGAGAUCAUUAGGAAUUACUGAUAUAAGACCAAAAGAUGGAAAGGAGCUCUGCUCAUCUCUAGUGAACCUCACCAGUUUGCGAGCACUACGUCUUACUUCUUCAAUUGAAGAGAAGGACAAGCUUUUGGAUUUGGGCCAUUGUUUCUCUCCCACAUCUCUUCCAUCUAUCGGCCAUCUUUCUUUGAGGGGCCGCUUAGAAAAGAUGCCACCAUGGAUCAGAAAUCUUGAAAGAUUGAGAAGUAUAAAGUUGACUUGGAGUUGUUUAAAGGAUGGUCCACUAGAAUCCCUUCAAUAUUUACCCAACUUGAUCGAAGUCAGUCUUAUUCAAGCUUAUGAAGGAGAAAGUUUGUGUUUCAAGGCUGGAGGAUUUCCAAAGCUCCAGAAGUUGCAGUUACAAAAUAUGAAAGGAUUGAUGUGGUUAAGAGUGGAGGAAGGUGCAAUGCCUAAGAUCAAACGACUAGUUCUCCAAGAACUUCCAUUGCUAGAGGAGUUACCUUCUGGUUUUGAAAAUCUCAGGCAGCUUGAAGAGCUGGAACUUUGGUCUGUGAGUUCUCACCUCACAAUGAAGCUGGAGUCCGAGGCGUUCCAAGAAUGUGAAGAAUAUGAACAAAUCGCUCACAUUCCUCGGGUCCUCCUUGGUUUCCGAAGAGAUGGGAGAUGGAGUUUGCGAGUACUGUCUCAGAAGAAGAGAGCAAUAACCCGAGCUGCUCGGCAAACUUUCGAUACUAAUGAUUCUGUUGCCGCCACACUCGUAUGUGACUCUGCUAUCUGCUCUGCUGCGCCUUCAUUUUGGCCCCUCGGUUUCCAUCUCUUGCUUUUGGUUUGCUUCUUCCUCUUUCUCUGCAUUUUCAUCAGAAAGAUUUGUAUGAUUUAGUAUGUCCUUUCCUCCCAAAGGUGUAUGAGUAUUAUGAUAAGAAUGUUUACUCCUCUUUAGUAUGGAAUAUUAUAACUAGAUGCAAUUUACUCCUCUUUUGUUAAAUGUUUUGACUUUUGGAACGUUGUACCCCAAACCUUUAAUAUCUUCAGGGUAAGGGUGGUUUGUAGAAUGUAAAAUGGAUGCUACUAUGCAGGCAUAUCUUUGACUAACAGAUAACACUUAACUUGAUGGAUGUUCAAAAGCUUUGUGUAAAUAUUCGCAUCCAUAGACAUACUCCCAAAUUGGA